GAGCGGCGGCGGCAGUCAGUAGCGGCAGUGAAGUCAGUCAGUGAGGGAGUCAGUCAGUCAGUGAGUGAGCGGCGGCGGCGGCGGCGUUCCACAGGCAGGGCUGGGAAGAGUGACAGUCCAGCCUCCUGUAAUAGCCGUGUCAUGUGACUGGGAAGAGUAGUAAGACAGGUGCCUAGAGCGGAGCCUCAGUCAGGGGCUGCUUGCCUGUAUGAGUAGAACCUUCCUGUGUGUGUCUCCCUGCCUGCCUGCCUGUGGAUUGGACUUGACAACGUUUAUUGCCGUCAUUCAGGGACUGAAUGGCGUGGGACAUGUGCAACCAGGACUCUGUAUGGAGUGACAUCGAGUGUGCCGCUCUGGUUGGUGAAGACCAUCCCCUUUGCCCAGAUCUUCCGGAGCUGGAUCUUUCCGAACUUGAUGUGAACGAUUUGGAUGCGGACAGCUUUUUGGGUGGAUUAAAGUGGUACAGUGACCAAUCAGACAACAUUUCCAAUCAAUACAGCAACGAGUCAUCAAACAUAUUUGAGAAAAUAGAGGAGGAGAAUGAAGAGAACCUGCUAGCAGUUCUUACAGAAACACUGGACAGUCUCCCUGUGGACGAGGAUGGAUUGCCUUCUUUUGACGCACUGACAGAUGGAGAUGUGACCAGUGAACAUGAUCCGAGCCUUUCCUCCCUGCCUGACGGCACCCCUCCAACACAGGAGGCAGAAGAGCCGUCACUACUUAAGAAGCUCUUACUGGCUCCAGCGAACACUCAGCUGAUUUAUAAUGAAUGUGUCGGACUCAGCGCACACAACCAUGCAAGCCCUAAUCAGAGGAUCAGAACAAGCUCUGCACCUGUUAAGAGCGAGAACUGUUGGAGCAAUAAACCCAGAAACAUUUGUCAACCGCAGAAGCCACAGAGGCGCCCCUGCUCGGAGCUCCUUAAGUACCUGACUGCAAAUGAUGACUCUCCUCAGACCAAAUCAACAGAGAGCAGGACGAAUAACAGAUUUGACAAAUGCACCAAAAAGAAGCCCUGCUUGCAUCCUCUGCCACAUUUUCAAGCCAAGUCAACGAGUUUGUCACUUCCUUUGACACCCGAGUCACCAAAUGACCCCAAGGGUUCCCCAUUUGAGAGCAAGACUAUUGAACGAACCUUAAGUGUGGAGCUCUCUGGAACAGCAGGACUAACUCCACCAACAACACCACCUCACAAAGCCAACCAAGAUAACCCAUUCAGGACUUCUUCCAAGCCGAAGUCUUCUUGCAAACCUGUUGUGCCCCCAGCUAAGAAAUCUCGCUACAUUGAGUCUUCCACUAUUCAAGUUAUUAAUGCUAAAAAAGGUCCCGAACAAUCUGAACUAUACGCACAGCUAAGCAAAACCUCCGUGGUCAUUGGACAAGAGGAGAAAAAAGUGAAGCGACCUAGUUUACGGCUUUUUGGUGACCAUGACUACUGUCAGUUUAUGAAUUCAAAAUCAGAAAUACGUAUAAGCUUAACACAAGAUCUACAGGCCUCAAGACAACUUGAAUGUAAGAAUUUUCUGCCUGGGAAAAAACUACAGGUUUGUUCAACUCAAAAACAAGUGGAGAUUCUGAAAGACAGUUUUGAGGUGGCAAUGCCAAGUCCUCAGAAUGGCAAUAGGAAGCCACUGCAAGACCAAGAUAUCCGUGCAGAACUCAAUAAGCACUUUGGUGACCCAACACAAGCAGUCUAUGAGGAAGAGAACAAAAAUGGUGAUGCGAGGAGCAAUGAUUACUGUGAUGAUCAAUUCUCUAGACUACCUAUGUUUUUAACCUCUGGACUGGGUAUGGAUAAUUUGUUUGAUGAAAGCGAAGAUGAGAAUGACAAACUCUGCUAUUCCUGGGAUGGAAUACAAUCCUAUUCAUUAUUUGACGUAUCACCUUCCUGCUCAACUUUCAAUUCUCCAAGCAGAUAUUCCGUUUCCCCACCAACAUCCCUUUUGUCUCAAAGGAUAUGUUCUCGGUCCAGAUCUAGAUCGUAUUCUCAAAAAAGAUCAUGUUCUCAGUCUCCAUAUUCACGCUCAAGAUCAAGAUCUCCUUCCAGCAGAUCUUCUUCAGGGUCAUGCUGCUGCUAUGAAACUGAUAAUUGCAGACCCAACAGUUCUCCAGUCUGUGCACGAUCACGGUCAAGAUCACCAUACAGUCGUAGGCCCAGAUACGACAGUUAUGAGGAAUACCAACAUGAGCGGCUGAAGAGGGAAGAGUACCGCAAGGAGUAUGAGAAACGUGAAUCAGAGCGAGCCAAACAAAGGGAGCGGCAAAGACAGAAAUCAGUUGAGGAACAUAGAGUUCUCUAUGUCGGUAAGAUGAGAACGAACAUGACCCGUGCUGAACUGCGAGCCCGUUUUGAAGUUUUUGGUGAAAUUGAAGAAUGUACAGUUAAUCUGCGGGACGACGGAGACUGUUAUGGUUUCAUCACCUACCGCUACACCUGUGAUGCAUUUGCUGCUCUUGAAAAUGGAUACACUCUGCGCAGGUCAAAUGAGCACGACUUUGAGCUAUGCUUUUGCGAACGAAAGCAGUUUUGCAAGUCCAACUAUGCAGAUUUAGAUUCAAAUUCAGAUGACUUCGAUCCUGCUUCCACCAAAAGCAAAUAUGACUCCAUGGAUUUUGACAGUUUGCUUAAAGAGGCACAAAGGAGCCUGCGUAGGUAACAUGCAUGUCUGCCACACCCAAUGGAAUGAUGGAGAAUACCUCACAGACUUGUUGUCCUCCAAUAAGAGACUCUUGAAAGUCAACCCUAGGAAUUUCUCCUACUUUACACUCUCCAUUACUCAAUGGUUUACAUGAACACAGCUGCUGAAGACUAAAGAGGCAAUGUGAUUGUCAGACAAACACACAUACCUAUAUGGGUGUCAGAUAAUUCCUCACUCUUCAUGGAUGUCACAAUUGUACUGCUCCAACAGAGACGGUAUGCUUCUCAUUAGAAGUAAAAGUGCCAGCCAUCUGCUAAUCAUCAAAUUCAUUUAAGGAAAAACUGAUUCAUUUGGAAUAAAUAAAAUCAAGGAAUCGCUAUGUAUUGUAAUGAAAGAGAAGGAAUAUUUCAAGAUUUCAAGAAAACCGGAGGAAUCGUAUGCUGCUGAUGCUCAACCCCAAUGCAAUCUUUACUUUUGUCUGAUUUCAAUCAUUGUCCUGAUGAAAAAAAAAGAAAAACAAAACAAACAAAAAAAAUAUAUUGCAAUAUAGAUGACGCCUUAGUAACUUUUUUUUAUUGGGAAACUGGUGAAGAAAUCAAGGAAGCAGAUUUUUUGUAGUAUCCGCGAGUCUCUGUAUUUCUGUCUUUUACUUCAGUCUUUUGGUUCUGACACCCGUGCAAUUUACAUCGAUGUUGAUGCUCAACAUCAAAAGCCUUGUAAAUGGUCAAAUUCACAGCUUGUUCAGCAAUGUAUAUAUAUAUAUAUUUAUAUAUUUAUAUAUAUAUAAAUAUAUACAUUUAUUAUACACACUAUUUUCUGAUGAGUGGAUGUGGUGUUACAUAAUAAACUGAAUUGAGUGAAACUUUCUGAAAUUGUGUCCAGGUAGUUUGUACCAUUGUAAUAUGUACUAGUCAAGUAUUUACAGAUGUCACCCAUUAUUCUGCCAGAGAAGGGAGAACAAGCCCACUUUGCCUUGCCCCCAUCCCUGGCAGAAGAGCGGAUUGACUGAGUAUUUUUAUUUUGUGUACAUAGAGUAUGACUAUGUCCUUUAUUUGUUACCGCUAUGCACUGUAAAUGCAGCCUUCUUUUAAAUAUGGAAAUUGUUUUUUCUUAAAAAAAAAAAAAAAUCAAAGAUAUUCAAAAAUGUAAACUGUACAAAGUGAAAUACCAGUUGUAUACUAAUAUAUUUAGGAGCUGACUUCAUGCUUAUAUAUAUUUGAUUGUAAAAACGAACAAGAAAUUACAGUGUGUGCGUGCGCAUUUAUUUUAUUAUUAUUAUUUUAUUUUUGGUUGGGUGCACAAUUAUUGCUUUAAGCACACUCUUUUCUGGUGAGCUUCCAUUUUUGUGUUUGAAAAACAAUUUUAUUGGCCUUAAAGGCUUGAUUGAUAUGGAUAUCAUUUUGCUUUUGUCUCCUUUAAUAUGGGCGUUCUAUAAAAGCGAAAAAAAAAAAAAGAAAGCGGAGGCGUCGCCUAUAGCAACCUGUUUCUAGCUGUCAUAGUUUUAUUAUUCGUUAAAUAAAACCAAGCUUCUAAAUGACAGCUUUGAAUCCGAUUGGUUGAUUGCCCAACGUCUCCACUUUUCUUUUUUUUCCCCCACUGUUGUAGAAUGUCUUCAUCUGCAGUAAUGCCUGCUCAGUAAAUCCACCUCAAGAUUUGCCAUAUAGGAGGUCUUUUCUGUACUAAUUACUGUUUUUGUUAUUUUUAAUUAUUUGUAUUAUUGUGAAUCAAGAAUGAAUGUAUGGUGUGAUUGUUUUCACUACAGCCUGUCGUGCUUCUUUAAUUUUCUGGAAAAAACAAAAAAAACAAGCUGCUGGGUAACUCAGCACUGUAUACCUUGUGUGAUAGGGUUUUUUUUUUUGUCUAAACACUGUUUAAAAAGCCAGUAAUUUUUUUCCUUGUCGGCACUGUUGGAAUAUUUGGCAUAUGCCAAAAUUUUACUGUUGUGCAUCCUUUGCAAAGUACUGAUAUUUCAUUCCGUUGUUUACUGAAGAACUAUAUAUCAGUGAAUGCUCUUGUAUUUGUGAUGGUAAUAUGCUGAUUAUGCAGAAGAUGGCCAAUUGAAAAGAAUGCUAACACUCUCUUAGUACUGUCAUAUGCUGCAGUGGAAAUGAGUCUCCUGUUGCAAGAUAGUGUUGACUAUGCAUUAGUGUGGUGCCAGCUAUGAGGUUGUGCUGCUACUGUAAUCCUUUCAUGAUUCUCUCUUUGUACGGCCUAUACAAACUACACUACGUUUAAAUUCCAUAUAAACAAACUGUUUGACAUUUAUUCUCAUCAGUUUAGCAAGGUAGACACAAUUUUGAGUUCAGAUUUGUGCAAUACAUCAGGGCAUGAAUACAUUAAGCUGAAAAAAA